AUGGAAGCUUGUUUGAGAUGUUCACGAGGAAGCAAUCUAAUUCAAGCCUUGAGACCAAUCCGCAAAUUCUCCGUUUCUCUCCGCUCUUCUUCUUCUUCUUCUUCUGUCUCUUUCACCACAGACAAGCCGGUGAAGAGAGCUUAUGAUGGUUUGUUGCUUGAUGCUGGAGGAACCCUUUUGCAAUUGUCGGAGCCUGUCCAUGAAACUUACGCUUCCUUGGGCCAAAAAUACGGUCUUAAGACAACUCCAGCUGAGAUUAAGCAAGGUUUCAAGAGAGCUUUUGCUUCUUCUUGGCCUGAGAAGUUGCGUUACCAGGGAGAUGGAAGACCAUUUUGGAAGCUUGUUGUUUCGGAAGCUACUGGUUGUUCUGAUAAUCAAUACUUUGAAGAAGUCUACCAAUAUUACGCGAAUGGUGAGGCGUGGCAUCUCCCAGAAGGAGCUUAUGAGACAAUGUCACUACUGAAAAAUGCUGGAGUUAAGAUGGCUGUUGUCUCCAAUUUCGAUACACGCCUUAGAAAGCUUUUGAAGGAUCUUAAUGUCAUUGAUAUGUUUGAUGCUGUGAUUGUAUCCUCGGAAGUCGGAUACGAGAAGCCUGAUAGCCAAAUCUUCAAAUGCGCUUUAGAUCAAAUCAACGUAGAAGCAAACAGAGCAGUGCAUGUUGGAGAUGAUGAGGGAGCAGACAAAGGCGGUGCAAACGCCGUCGGUAUUGAUUGCUGGUUAUGGGGCAAAGAUGUGCAGACAUUUUCAAACAUACAAGAUCGGAUUUUGGUUUCAGAACACUAA